AUGAUUGCUACUCAGAACAAAUUCCAUUCCAUCAAUAACACUAAUAACAGCAAGAACAACAACGAUUGUUGGCAAGCCCAAAAGCAAACUAACGAGAAAGAAGCGCUCGUCGUUUCUUCAUCGGAUGAUGAUGAUAAUGACACUGACACCGACUCCUCCACUGUCGGGUCCUCACACCAGAAAUACCAUUCUGCCAAAUCUGGCAGGAAGAAGCGUCCGAUUUCAGGAAAGGAAGCCGAAACGAAACCUCGCAAACAAGCUCGAACAACCGAUCCAUCAUCCGCUAGCUACUAUCAACCAAAACAAACUCGGGACUUGAAGAACUGUUUUAGAAUACGAAAACAUAUUGGGGAAGGGACCUUUGGUAGCGUCUUUCUAACGUUGGAUCGAGAAACCAACAAGCCAAAGAUUAUCAAACGCGUCAAGACUCGCGAUGAUAAGAGUGUGCCAACCUAUGGCUUUCCAUACACGGCACUUCGCGAAAUCAAGCUACUCAAAUCAAUCGAACAUAAAAAUGUAAUCAAGUUGCACGAGGUUGUGACUACAGAAGGCGCUGAUGGACUACCAGGACAAGUAUUCAUGGUUAUGGAAUACAUGGAAUAUGACCUGGCAGGUCUAUUGAGAAUGCCAAUCCUUGCCAAACGCUUGACCAAGGAUCAUGUUCAAUCGUGGACUCGUCAGCUAUUGCAAGGAUGCCAGCACCUUCAUGAGCAACAAAUCAUGCAUCGGGACCUCAAGCCAGCCAACUUGCUGGUUGACAAGCAAGGGACUCUCAAGAUUGGAGACUUUGGUUUGGCACGAAAGAUGUCAGCUCGACAGUACACCAACAGUACCAUUGGGACUCCAUGGUACCGUGCUCCCGAAAUCUUGAUUGGUUCCGCCAACUAUAGCACUAAAGUGGACAUGUGGAGCACUGGAUGCAUUCUUUUCGAAUUGGCAUCUCAGAAACCGUUGUUUCAUGCCAAGGUUGCCAUUGAGCUCUGUCAGCAAAUUGACAAAAAGUGCGCCUUAAUCAAGGAAGAGCCCACUUGGUUGCCCAAGGAAAUGACAAAGAACACUCGCAAACUACAACGCAACCAGGUCCUCAAGCAUCAUAUCCAACUGGCCAAUCUCGUUUCCAAUCUCUUGAAACUGGAUCCGGAAUCCCGACUUUCGGCCAAGGAUGCUCUCAAGCAUGAAUUCCUUUUGGAUGACAACUCCAACCAACAGAAAAAGUUGAAUAUGAAUUUUCCCUUGUCCAGUUGCCAUGAACUGGACGUCUACAAGUUCCGGCAGCAACAAAAGGAGCAGCAACAGCAGCAGCAACGAGAUUAG